GAUGAUGUUUUAACGACUCAAAUCAUUCACACUUGCGGCAUUCAUUCAAACGAAAAGAAAAAUUCAACUUGUAUUUUGUUGAGAAAUGGACCAUAUUAUUACGAUGUCUUUAAUAAAAAUUACUUAUUCAGCUUUAUUAUUAAGUUUUGUUACUAUCGGUUAUGGUCAGCGUACCCCAACCAUAUCACAUAUCACACAGGAACAGAUCCAGGAUAUAGGGGGACAGGUGGAUUUGGACUGCUCUGUCCACUAUGCCAAAGACUAUCCCGUCAUUUGGCAAAAAUACGACAGGCAGAAGACCGAGUCCGUGCCGCUAUCGACCAACGCUGGCCUUAUAAUUAAGGACUCGCGGUUUUCACUUAGAUACGACGAAGCUACUGCUACAUACACUCUGUCGAUAAAGGACAUCCAAGAAAUAGACGCCGGUUGGUAUCAGUGCCAGGUGCAGAUAUCAGUUGCCAACAAGAUCUCGGCGGAGGUGGAACUCCAAGUGCGGCGUCCUCCGAUCAUUUCUGAUAACUCGACUAGGUCCAUCGUGGCUAGUGAGGGGGAGAGUGCCCAGCUGGAGUGCUACUCAGGUGGGUUCCCCGUACCAAAGAUCUCGUGGAGACGUGAAAACAAUGCGAUACUGCCCACCGGUGGAUCCAUAUACAGAGGAAAUAUCCUGAAAAUCGCCCACGUGCACAAGGAAGAUCGCGGGACGUACUACUGCGUAGCUGAGAAUGGUGUUGGGAAAGGGGCCCGCAGGAAUAUCAACUUGGAAGUGGAGUUCGCGCCAAUAGUCACCGUGCCAAGGCCCAGACUCGGACAGGCUCUCCAGUACGACAUGGAUUUAGAAUGCCACGUGGAGGCCUAUCCUCCGCCAGCAAUUAUAUGGCUGAAAGACGAGAUCCAACUGUCCAACAAUCAACAUUAUAGGAUAUCCCAUUUCGCGACCGCUGAUGAGUUUACAGACACCACGAUUCGCGUGAUCACCAUAGAGAAACGACAAUACGGAAUGUUCACGUGUAAGGCGCAGAACAAACUCGGCUCCGACGAAGGCAAAGUGGAAUUGUUUGAAACGAUUAUACCGGUGUGCCCGCCCGCUUGCGGCCAGACUCGCUACGGUCGCGGUGCCUCGCUAGCGCCCUCUAGCGUCGCGGUGGCAGUCUCGCUCGCUCCAUACGCUGUAUCCGCUAUCAGCAGAAUCGCCAAUACCAGACAUUAACUACCCAGGCCUCCGUCCAGACCCACUCAUCUACGGUGAGCCAAACAGCGCUAAACAAACAUUCAUAUUUAACACAUAUCUAUUAUAUAUAAUUAUUAUUAUUAUUACACUUUAAAUAUUGAAACAUAAGUGAAAACAGUAUUUGUUCCAUUAAUUUUGUUAAGAACUUGUCUAUAUAUAUAUAUAU